AUGCCGAACAUAUUAAAUUCAGAAAGUCCAUCUGAAACCUCACCACUUCUCAGAGAUGAUGGGGGUGAUAGAACAAGUAUCAGAGACACUGAAAAUGGCCAACGUGUGGAAGACGAUAUUCCAACACGAGUGUACUCAGACAGAAAAAUGAAUCUACUUCUGGCAGCUGUUGGCAUUGGUGUUUAUCUGGCUGCUGUGGAUCAGCUUAUAACCGUCGCAACAUACGCAAAGAUCGGUAACGAACUCCAUGCUCUCAACAAUACUAGUUGGAUGGCCACAGCCUAUUUCCUGACACUCACGAGCGGACAGCCUCUCUAUGGCAGGCUCAGUGAUAUCUUUGGCCGCAAAUCGUGUCUUCUCUUUGCCUACACCGUCUUUGCCAUUGGCUGUCUUGGCUGCGGCCUGGCUCAGUCAAUGGCCCAGCUCUGCACUGCGCGAGCUCUAUCUGGCAUUGGGGGAGGAGGCAUGAACUCUGUGGUGACUAUUCUACUUAGUGACCUGGUGCCAUUGAAGGAGCGUGGAAUGUGGCAAGGAAAGAUCAGUCUUCUUUUUUUCGCCGGUACUGCCACAGGGGCACCUCUUGGAGGAGUCAUGGCUGACUCGAUCGGUUGGCGAUGGUCGUUUCUGGGUCAAGUGCCAUUGUGUUUUGCUGCAUUCGUUGCCGUUUACUUCGUCUUGGACCUCCCACCGGUAGAGCACGAUCACUGGCUCUCCAAGAUUCGAGAAGUUGACUUCUUCGGUGCUUUAACCCUCGUGGUAGCCGUGGUAUCACUUCUUGUUGGCCUGGAUUCUGGGUCAAAUCGAGGCUGGUCACACUUCAUCACCCUCAUUGCCUUGUCCUUGACUCCCGUGCUCUUAGGGCUGUUCGUAUUGGUCGAACUAAAGGUUGCUUCGUACCCGCUUGCCCCCGGGCAUAUCAUUUUUGAUCGCGCCCUUUUUGCUUCGUAUCUGGUGAACUUCUUUGCCGUUGCUGGGCAGACCUCAGUAAUAUUCUACAUACCUCUUUUCUUCCAGGCUGUCCAGGGGCUAGACGCUACUCAGGGCGGUUCACUACUUGUCCCAGUGAUGAUGUCCGCUGUCGCAUCCUCGAUUGUGAGCGGUUGGGUCAUCAAGCGAACCGAAAAGUUCUUCUUCCUAAAUUUGUCUAGCUAUGCCUUUGCGUUUGUUUCGAUCGCCCCCAUAUGUUGGUCCGUCUGGCACCGAUCAACUCUAUGGACAUCCAUUGCCCUCGUCGUCAUGGCUUUGGGGACUGGUAGUGCCUUCAUCACGACCCUUAUUGGUCUUCUUGCCAAUGCCACAGUCGAAGAUACAGCUGUUGUCGUGGCAACUUCCUACCUCUUCAAAGCUCUCGGCUCUAGCAUAGGUGUCAGUGUUGGAUCUGCCGUUCUUCAGCAAGUUCUUCGGACAGAGUUGAUUGCGAGAGUUCCCGAUCAGGGCGAAGCUCGUGAGAUUGAAGAAAGGGUUCGUCAGAGUCUGGAGUACAUCAAGGAAUUACCGCCCAAUAUCGCCGAGCAAGUGAGAUGGAGUUACCAAAUUGCUACCAUUUGGACUCUUGCUUCAUCUUCUAUGCACUUUUUCUUGGCCUUUAUCUUUAGUUUCUGGGUGAAAGAGAGAUCUCUCAAGCGAUAG